AGGACGGGGUCGAGGGGGAGGCGCCAGGACUGGUUUCUUAAAGCUCAGGUUCUCCCCGUAGAGAAAGCCGCGAUCAAGCAACAGAACUCGAGCAGAGGGCUUUCCUCGGCGAGAUCCGCCUUCUCCUCCGCUCCUCCUCCUCCCCGGCCCCUCCCCUCCCAGGCGGGCGCCGCGCUGCGGCCAGACGCGGAGGGUGCGUUGAGGCUCCCGGCCCGGGUAGGGGAGGCGGAGGGGUGGGCCCGCGCUCACGUGACUCGGCCAGCUGUUAGCAGGGGGCGGCGGGCCCCGGCGCCGGGAGUCUAGGGAGGGGAAGCGCCCGGAGGCCGCCUCCGCCACUGCAGCUGCAGCCCCCGAUGUCGCCGCAGUGAGCCGGCCGCAGCAGCACCCGCACCCUCGUGGCCGCAGCCUCAGCACCGCAGAGCCGAGCCCGGAGCCCGUCGCCCGGCAGGAUGGCUGUAGCUCCUCCAAGUUACUGUUUUGUGGCCUUCCCGCCGCGUGCUAAGGACGGUCUGGUGGUAUUUGGGAAAAACUCAGCCCGGCCCAGAGAUGAAGUGCAGGAGGUUGUGUAUUUCUCGGCUGCUGAUCAUGACCCUGAGAGCAAGGUGGAGUGCACUUACAUUUCAAUUGACCAAGUUCCAAGGACCCAUGCCAUCGUGAUAAGCAGACCUGCCUGGCUUUGGGGGGCAGAAAUGGGAGCCAAUGAACAUGGAGUAUGCAUAGCCAACGAAGCCAUCAACACCAGAGAACCAGCUGCUGAGACAGAAGCCUUACUAGGGAUGGAUCUGGUCAGACUUGGUUUAGAAAGAGGGACAACAGCUAAAGAAGCCUUAGAUGUCAUCGUCUCCUUGUUGGAAGAACAUGGACAAGGUGGGAAUUAUUAUGAAGAUGCAGACGCCUGCCACAGCUUCCAAAGUGCGUAUUUGAUUGUGGAUCGCGAAGAAGCCUGGGUGCUGGAGACCGUGGGGAAAUACUGGGCUGCUGAGAAAAUCACAGAGGGAGCGAAGAGCGUUUGCAGUCAGCUCUCACUCACCACUAAGGUGGACGCGCAGCACCCUGAACUCAGGACGUACGCUCAGAGUCAAGGGUGGUGGACGGGAGAGGAUGAGUUCAGUUUUUCUGAAGUUUUUUCUCCAGCUGAUGAUCACCUGGUCUGCUGUGCAGGAAAAGACAGUUUGGAAAAGCAAGAAGAAAGCAUCACUGUGCAGACUAUGAUUAACAUCUUACGGGACAAAGCCAGUGGAGUCUGUAUAGACUCUGAAUCUUUCCUCACCACAGCCAGUAUGGUGUCUGUCCUGCCUCAGAAUAGAAGCUCACCGUGCAUUCACUACUUCACCGGGACCCCAGAUCCUUCCAGGUCCAUAUUCAAGCCUUUCAUCUUUGUCGAUGAUGUAAAACUUGUCCCCAAAGCACAGUCUCCCUGCUUUGGAGAUGAUGACCCUGCCAAAAAGGAGCCUCGAUUCCAGGAGAAACCAGACCGCCGGCAUGAGCUGUACAAGGCCCAUGAGUGGGCGCGCACUGUCAUCGAAAGUGACCAGGAACAAGGUCGCAUGCUGAGGAAGACCAUGAUGGAGCUGGAGAAGCAAGGCCUGGAAGCCAUGGAAGAAAUCCUGGCCAGCUCCGGGUCCCCGGACCCCGCCGAAGUGGGGGAUCUUUUCUAUGACUGUGUCGACACGGAGAUUAAGUUCUUUAAGUGAAGUAGGCAUUCCUCUCCCCUCCUUAUUUAAAACUUCCCACCUUACUAAAUGACCAGCAAACAAACCACUCUCCUGUUUGAGUAAAAUGAGAAAGUUAAGAUGUGGCCUCCUUUUCUGAAGCCAGAUUGAAUGUCACCUUGUGUUCUGCCUUGAAUACUGAAGUGUCCGCUUCCUCUGCAAUGUAACAUGUAUCCCAUUUGCCUGUUGUUCGUUUGUGUGACUAUUUGUGGACUUUAAGCUGCUAUCAUCGUGUUUCAGUGACAAUGGACACAUGAGCCUUUUCCGAGAGGACUAGAGAUCAGGACUGGAGAGACGGGCUCCAUGGUGUAGGCUGGCAGGAAAAGCUCUCUCUGAAGUGUUGGCCUUGCUCUCAGUGACAGUGUGUGUGUGUGUGUGUGUGUGUGUGUGUGUGUGUGUGUGUGUGUGUGUGUGUGUGUGUGUGUGUGUGUGUGUGUGUGUGUGUGUGUGUGUGUGUGUGUGUGUGUGUGUGUGUGUGUGUGUGUGUGUGUGUGUGUGUGUGUGUGUGUGUAGGCCUCCGUGGCUUCCCUGAGCUUGCACAUGUGCCCGACGUGCUCAGUAUCUGCAUGGUGUCUUCUGGGGGCCAGAACCAACGGGAAGGAGUAAAGGGGCUCCUCUGUAGUCCAAGCUCCUUCCCAAUCCCCGUGAUCCUAAAGAACCCGGCUUCCAUGCAUGGUGCAGACUGCCUCCCUGUGCUGGAGAGCUGGUCAUCUGUGUUGUUAGCUGGAACCUACCCAUUGUAGAGAUUCAGAGAGCCAUGCUGGUGACUCCCCCAAAUCGCCACAUGGAUCUCUCAAAAUGCACAGCUGCUGUCCUUCCACAGCCGCACACCUGCCACGUGGCUGUGGCCCUGUGCAGAAACGAUUCUGGGUCCAGUUACCAACAUCUAGUCUAGGAUUAAUUAAAUGGCCCCAUGACAUAGUUCCACCCCACAAAGCUGCAAAUCUCUGCGCUAAUGAGGGAAAGGAAAAGAGAAACUCUUGAUUAUUUAGAUUCCAGUUAAAGUAGCUGGAAUCCGAGUAGUCACUACAUUAUCUCAGCAGAGAGACUUUAAUUAAGCUGAUUUAUUUCCAACAACAUGUUCACUUAAAGGAUUUGACUUACCACCCAAGCAUAGAACGGCAUGCAGGAAAGACCAGAUGGGCUUAGUGUAGGGAAGACAGAGGGCAAGAAGGUGACAGAUGGUUGUAGAAGCGUUUCUCUGCAGGAUAACAGGCCAACCCCCACCCUUCCUGCUCAGCCUGUUGUGUCCUACAGAUCUGGAGGUGAAGCAGCUGACUUCCCCGGUCCUCCCCCUUAUUCUUCAUACCCACACGUGCCAGGAGCUGCCUUCAGACUGCUAGCUGAAGUGGGCAGGUGGUGGCAGUGGUGGCGGGGCUCCAUCUAUUGAAACUCUCAACCAGUUCUGAAAUGGGAAGGGGGCAGAGGUGAUUAGUAGAAGUGUAUAUUCACACAGCAGCUAGUGGGAGAGCACCAUCAGGGCCUAAUUAUGCAUCGUUCUUGACAAGAAUCUGCAAAUGGAAAUAUUGUAUCAGUCGUCUCAGAAGUGACCUAGAGUUGCUAACCCCUUAUCAGUGGUAUCAUAGGCCAUGAGAGCUGGAAGGAACCCGGUCCCUAGUUACACAGAGGGUCCCUAGUUACUCAGUGUGAACACUGAGGGUCAGAGGUUUUAUUGGAAUGAAUCUUUUUUUCUACCAACUCUCCUUUAAGAGCGUGGGUAUAGGAGUGCCAUGAGCUUUUGUGCUCGGCAGUUUUGUAAAUUCUGUAUGUAAAAUCAUGAACCACAAAUGUGAGAGAGGGGCAGAAUAUUUCAACCAACAAAGUUAAAGACAACCAACGAUGGUGGCUUGUAAGUUGCUAAGAGCUUCGUGUAGUUUGGCCUGGGCUCUCACUGUUGAAUUUAGGGUUUGCUGUUAGGUAGAGUGGCCAUUCUGGAAGCAUCUGUCUAUGGCUGCUGAGGGGAGAAGGUGAGGUUUGAGGAUGACGUUGGUACCUAUUCCCUCCCAAGUCCACCCGCUGAGUGGUUGUUUAAAACAAGAUGAUACAGGAAGCCACUCUAAAAUUUCAUUUGUGGUCUCACCUCCACCUCUUCUGCAAACAUUUCUUCAGACCUGACAUGUCUGUGACAACCAAGGCAAUUCAGGUUUGGUCAGAAGAAGUCUAGGAGAAUAAAUGACAGAGGCCUGCUUUCAUUACUAUGGGCCAAAUAAAGGGCACGGAUAGCCCUGCCAGCUUUAUGUCAUCACCCGGUUGUGCAGUGGGAAACACAAAGGCUGUUUCUUCUAUGGGACAUUGACCUUAGUGAAGCAUCUCAGAGAAGGGUCAACCCUAAUUGAGAGUUGUCCUGGCUAGAAGUGUUGUGUAUCACAAUUGUGAUGUUCCUGUCCUACCACUAGAGGGUGGUGCAGCCACCCGUGGCCCAGCCUGGCAGAGUAAAACUGGGUAUGGUUGCUCCCAUUGGGCAUGGAGGUGGUCUUUGUACAGUCAAAACCCAAAUAAUGGCAAUGGGAUGGGAGGGGAAAGACAAGAAGAGAGCAAAGAAUCUCCAAUGUGGCUGUAUUCACUUUUGGUGACUUUUAUCUACUUAUAUUAACAGCUGGAAAUAUGUUGUUAGAUUUCAAGCAGGCUGUUGUAGGGGGGAUGUUUGUUUUUAAAUGCUCUUAGCAGAUUUUUCUUUGGAAAAAUGCUUCUUACAUGGAUAAUUUCUCGACCAGGGAUUGCUUUUCUGAAGGCAAUAUGAAGAAAAUGAAUAUUCAAGGUAAAAUAUGAAGAUAAUGUUUAAAGGUCAUUUAAUGUAAAUAGCUUCCUGGAAUACCAUUUGUGCGUGCUUUGUGUAGAAAGAAGACAUAUGGUCAUAAAGGACAGAAUCUCUCCCCCACACCCCUACCCCAUAAGCAAACAUGAGCUAGUCAGUCUUGUCUGGUAGAUGGGAUUUAUCCUAGGUGAAGACAGCCCUCAUACUCAAGGGCAGAGGCUCCAGUAAAUUAGCAAAGCAGAAAUAGAACUCUUCAUUCUUGGAGGUGGUUUGAAAUUUUAGAUAGAAUAGAAUAUAAUCAAAAUUAUGGGGAUUCUUUAGCACCCAGUAACGUAAGAUCCAGUGAUAUUAGUCGGAGUCUUUCUUAACAUGCUAACAGAACAGGUAUAUGCCUAUUAGAUCUUAGCAGUGAAGUUUCUUUACUAUUACUGGGUGAAUCAUUAGGUGUAAAAAAUAAUUAUCAACCAGGCAAAUUACUUUGCUUCCUAACCGAUGUCAUCCCACGUGAGUACAGGUUGUUAUAUAGCUCUGGCUGGCCCAGCAGGGAAGCCAGAAGGGACCAGUAUGUCUGUCAUGACACCACUAACUGCAUUCUUGGGGAAAGUGGUUAAGUGAGCUCUCAGCCUUAGGAAGGAGGCACAUGGAGAAGGGAGGGAGCGGAACCGGCCUUGCUGGCCCUGCAGUGUGGAGGGGGUGGGGGGCAGGUCAUGUGCCCAUGCUGUCCCGCACUACCUGACGCUUCCCCGCAGCUGUGGCACUUCAUUCCACACAGUCCUGAGUCCCAGCUCCCCUUCUGCAGCUUGUGUCAAAAUGUGCUUUAUCUGAUUGGCUCCAAACAUCCUGAAAUGUCACAUGCAGAUUUCUUGUGGGAACAAUACAUACAUGUUUGCAAUCAUGUGAGAAUUUAAAUGUGUUAGCUGGAAAAUGCUAUUGGCAGGGAAUAAUCAAAAAGAAAAUGUUUCUAUUUCCUGCAGUGGGAACUGACCAUGUAAUCUUAACAGUCUUUUGUACACAUAUCAACAGACUGGAUAAUGUCUCUAUCAGUGCUUGCCCUUGAAAUUGUCUUUAAAUGCUACAAUAAAAAAAUACUGAAAUUAA